CAGGAAAACAAUGAGAGGGAGAACAUUGAGAGUGGAACUACUGAACAGAAAGGGCCAGACCUUAAUAGCUGGCUACCUGUGACUGCAUCUAGAGAAGCCAAGUGGUGGUACUCAACUUUCCAUAAUGUAACAGCUAUGGUUGGAGCUGGGGUUCUAGGGUUACCAUAUGCAAUGUCUCAACUUGGAUGGAUCCCUGGAGUCUUAGGAAUAUUUCUUUCAUGGAUGAUAACUUUCUACACACUGUGGCAACUUGUGGAACUGCAUGAAGUGGAGCCUGGUAGACGAUUUGAUCGAUACCCAGAACUUGGACAGUAUGCUUUGGGAGAAAAGCUAGGGUAUUGGAUAAUAAUGCCCCAGCAAUUACUUGUUCAGGUGGCUUCAGACAUAGUUUACGUAGUAACUGGAGGGAAAUCUUUGAAGAAAUUUGCGCAGCUGCUCAUUCCAGGCCUUUCUCAUAUCAGACAAACAUAUUUUAUUCUCUUCUUUGUUGCUCUGCAAUUUCUGCUCUCUCAAACUCCCAAUUUUAAUUCACUUAAGGCAGUUUCCUUCGUUGCUGCACUCAUGUCUUUCUGCUAUUCUAUGGUGGCUUUUGUGUCAUCAAUUAGUAAGGGUCUCCAUCACCAUCCAACAAGUUAUGGAGUUCGAUCUCAUACAACUCCAGGCAUAAUUUUUAAUGCUCUAAGUGGGAUUGGAACUAUAGCAUUUUCUUAUGCAGGACAUAGUGUUGUUUUAGAGAUUCAAGCUACAAUUCCAUCAUCUCCACAGAAUCCUUCCAAGAAGCCUAUGUGGAAAGGUGUUGUUCUCGCUUAUAUCAUCGUUAUUAUUUGCUACAUGUCCGUUGCCGUGUCUGGAUUCUGGGCUUUUGGAGAUCUAGUAGAGGAUGAUGUUCUUAUUUCACUUGAAAAACCUCGAUGGACUAUUGCUAUUGCUAAUCUGAUGGUGUUUUUUCAUGUUAUAGGAAGCUUUCAGGUUUACGCAAUGCCAGUGUUUGAUAAGAUUGAGUCGUAUUUGGUUACAAAGAGGAAUUUUACUCCAGGAAAAAAUCUACGCCUUGUUGCUCGCAGUGGAUACGUAGCUUUCGUUGGCAUUGUAGGGAUUUGUGUCCCUUUCUUUGGAGGACUACUUGGAUUUUUUGGAGGACUUGUUUUUGCAUCAACUUCAUAUUUUAUUCCUUGCAUCAUAUGGCUUGUCGUCCAAAAACCAAAGAGGUGGAGUUUUCAUUGGUUUGCAUCAUGGAUAUCAAUCUUUGUUGGUGUUUCAAUAGCACUCCUUUCACCCAUAGGAGGAGCUCGACAAAUUUUUAUUUCAGCCAAAACAUACAAGGCAUUUUCCUAG